AAACACAGAUUUUUUUCUGUGCACAUUAUUUUAUUAUAAUAAAUACUUGUAAGACUAAAAAACAAAUGUUUUGUGGUGUUUUCGGACUAUUUUCUCUCGGAAAAGUGAAAGCAACCCUUAGAAUUCUCCUGUCCAGUUACUAAAAUAGAAAAUCAUGUUUGUAGUUUAAGAAGUUAGACGAACAACAGUGUUAAAGCUAAAAAUAAUGUAAAAAAACGAAGAAAAAAAUAGAAAAGGAAAAAAACAUACACUACUUAGCUACGACGGAAUACAACACAGUGCACACUCAAAAAAAAAAAAUAGAUAAACCACCAAGCUACAUGGCCAUACUAUAAUCGUAGUACUUACAACUCGACCCGACCGCGAACAGUGGAUGACAUUUUAUAACGGAAAGAUAUUCUAAAAUUAAACAAAAAAAAAAAAUCAGUGAAUCAGUUACUAAAUGUUGUUGUUUUAGCACAAAAUUGUGAAUGAAUGUAUUUUUAACUAGCUCGAAUUUUAACGUGUAAAUUUUAACCUGUUGCUGCUAAAUAGUAAAUCAACGUAGAUAUUGACAAAAAUAAAACGUGAUAACAGCAAGUGCGAGAAAAGUCUCUCAAAUUCAAAUCCACAUAAUUCAAAAUUGUAGGAAGUAGGAACGUAGUACAGCAACACCACAAUAAUGCCGCUUUUUGGGAAAAAGGAUUCCGGCAAAAAGCCAAAGAAGGAUACGAGAGAUCCGGAUAAACAGCCAUCCAUUGAGGAUAAAUACAUCUUGAAAGAUGUAUUGGGAUCUGGUGCCUUUUCUGAAGUAAAGUUGGCCGAAAGUAAAGCGAAUCCGGGUCAAUUAUAUGCCGUUAAAGUAAUCGACAAAAAGGCCUUAAAAGGUAAAGAGGAUUCACUGGAAAACGAAAUUCGGGUACUUAGAAGGUUCAGUGCUAUGCGUUGUGAUGACGAUCCAGAAGAUCAUAAACCGUGGUUAACUCAUCCAAACAUAGUUCAAUUACUGGAAACAUAUGAAGAUAAAUCUAAUGUUUAUUUAGUUAUGGAAUUAGUGACUGGUGGCGAAUUAUUCGAUAGAAUAGUGAAAAAGGGAUCGUACACGGAAAAGGAUGCUGCCGACUUGAUACGACAAGUGCUGCAAGCGGUUGCCUACAUGCACGAGCAGGGUGUCGUGCAUCGGGACCUGAAGCCGGAGAACUUGUUGUACUACAGCGAAGCGGCCGACAGCAAGAUAAUGAUUAGUGACUUUGGCUUGUCGAAAAUGGAAGAUUCGGGUAUCAUGUCUACGGCAUGCGGUACACCGGGCUACGUGGCACCGGAAGUUCUAGCACAAAAACCCUACGGAAAACCCGUCGAUGUGUGGAGUAUAGGUGUUAUUUCGUACAUUUUACUUUGCGGUUAUCCGCCGUUCUACGACGAAAAUGACGCUAAUUUAUUCGCACAAAUUUUGAAAGGUGAAUACGAAUUUGAUUCGCCCUACUGGGAUGACAUUAGUGAUUCUGCCAAGGAUUUUAUACAGCAUUUAAUGUGUGUUAAUGUAGAGAAACGAUAUACGUGUAAACAGGCGCUGGCACAUCCAUGGAUUUCGGGUAACGCUGCGAGUAGCAAGAAUAUCCACGGAACGGUAUCGGAGCAACUUAAGAAGAAUUUUGCCAAAUCACGAUGGAAGCAAGCAUAUCAUGCGGCUACAGUUAUACGACAAAUGCAACGAAUGGCACUAAAUAGCGGCGGAUCAAGCGGGCGUUCGCAAGCAAGCCUGAAUAUAGCAGCAGCGACGGCAGCAACAACGGAAGAAUCCUCGUCUUGCGUCAAUGGUAGCACUAAUAAUAAGUAAAUGUGGGCAACUUUUCAUCUUAUACAUAUAUUUUUUUUAUCAUGUUUUUAUAUUAGAUCUGAUAACUUUUAAACAAUACGGACUUGAAUCUUAAAUUUUUUUAUAAAAUAUUUUUUUAUACAUCUUAUUAUUAUUAUUAUUAUAUUAUACAAGAUGAAAGUUGGAAUAAAUUGGGAACGUGAUUCCAUUCUCGUCUCUCGACGAAUAUCAUUCCAAGCCGAUUCCAAUUCAUCAAUUUAUUUUCGAUAACGAGCAACAAAUCUUAUUAUGACAAACAUUUCUAUCUCAUUUUGUGAUCAUAAAUAUUUUUUUUACAUU